AGACUGCAUUGAAGUGACUGCACAAUUAUUUUAUCACUUGCCUUGGGGCAAAUUAACAAAAACUUGAGUAAUUUCCACUCCUUUACAACCGUUCUAUCUUUAGGUUGAAAUUUCCAAGGUAAGCCUCUCUGCAAUUGUAUCUUGAUUGUGUGUCUCGAGAUUGUAAUUAUCUGAGCACUUGAUAUCUUGUGGAUAAAUUCCCAAGAAAAGGAGGGAAAAUAUCCACCUUGAUGAUAAUUGUCUAUAGGUUACCAGUAAAUCUACUCUGCAAGUUUAGCUCCUUUUUUCUAGUUCCGCUUCGUCUGUUAUAUUAGCUGUCUUAUGUAUCUAUUUUGCUGUUACUUUGAGUAACGUGUAUACAAACAAAUUUCUUGUUGAAAAUUUAACUCCAUUUCUCACUUUACACGCGUUGAAAACAGGCACUGUUGUGAAAAAAAGGGGGUUGGAAAUGGAGAAUUGUUAUGGGUUAUUUGUUUGAAUAAAAUUAGGAGAUGAAAUUUUAGGGAUCGAAUGUACAAAUACUAUGAAUUUUCAGAAUAUAUUGUUUUGAAGCUUUAUCUUGCUGUAACCUAAGAGAGAAACAUCUGUUCAAACCAGUUUCUUGUUGGAAGGGGUUUUUUUGUUCUCUUUAAUCACGUUGAGAAACAAGACACUGAUGUGAAAAAGAAGUUUUGCAUUGGAAUCGACUGUUGUCAUCAGUUGUUGUUUUGUUUGACAAAACGUUUAUAGAACUGAUUUACCAGUACCAAAGAAUUUAAGGGAAUAUUAUUUUAAAGCUUGAAAAAAUACAUGUUAUGUUUCAACGUUGUUAUUUGUUAAAUCUAUUUAUUUAAAUUUCAUUUCAGAUACAGGAAUCAAGAAGUGCAUGAUGCAUACUCUUCUCCAUUCAGCUCUUCUUUUUCUUCUCCUUGCUGUGCUCUUCUCCGGUAGGUGUACAAUGAACGUUAUUAUUUGAUAAUAAAUUAAAGUCAUUUCUCACUCGCCUUUGAUGGUCCAAAUUUUGGUCCUCUCACUGUACAGGCCUGCCGAGUUUAGACGCAACAUCCUUCCUCUUUCCUCAACUUUGCCUUUGUUAGUCAUUUAUGUCAACAAAAAACCAAUGUUGACCUCUUUCACUGUGCUUUUGUUUGAUUGCUCCAACAAAACAAAAAUCAAAAGUGUCGGAUAUUCAAACGAAAUCAAACGUAGGCCGUGGUUUAAGAAAUUAUGCGACUUCCGAAUCUCAUUUUUCCUAAGUAGGUUAUUUUGAGAAGCUAAAUGUUUCUCCAAACUCCACUUCACCUGAUAUACUUCCAUGGAACUGUUCAUGAUAUAUAAGCAACGCUGAGCAAACUGAAAAUGGCUCAGAACACUGGCUAAACCCUCUAUAAAUAACCGGCCCAAAACGUAUGGGAUGAAGAAUCGUCUGUCCUGUUCGUAUUUCUUGUUCCCUUAAAAGGAACAAGUAUAUGAUAAUGUUUUUCUUUUCUACAACGUUAAGAUCGUCAAGUGGCAGGUAGAUGCAGUGAAAAAGGUGUUGCUGAUACGCCCUGGGCAGCUUGUCUCGUUGCUGAAGAAGGAGAUGUGUGCCCACACAAUUUUAAGAAACUCGAAGAUGACUUUGCCUGUGAGCCAUACGGUUCAAGAAGACCGCCUUAUAAAAAGAGAGUAUGUUGUCUCUUGGGACCUAUUUUAGACUUACAGGUACGUGCCGCUUUCGUCAUUAUUAUUCAUUCAAAUUGAAGGCGGCAGAAACAAUUCUUCGUUUCUCAUCACCUUAAGUUCCCUGGUAUAUUUUUGGCAACAAGCUAACACUGAUCAUUGAUUUGAAAUAUUUCCGUCAAUCAUGAUCCUUUAAUAGCGGAGGAACAUAUAUUGGGUAAAUGUAGCAAAUAAUGUCAGCCCUAACCCUGAAUCUUUUUCAUCGAGAUCCAGAGCUCACCAUUCUUAUUACAGAAAAUGAAUCGAAAUAUAAUUUCUCUAGAGAAGAUGAUAGUGGUUUUUCUUUUUAGGAGAGACUCAUGUUCAAUUAAUCUCGCUUUCUACAUGUACGCCAUUGUUCUAAAAAAGCAGCGUUCUGAGAGUUUCCAUGGGCAAAUCUGCUGAUCAUUGGGACUUAGUUUAUGGAAUUGAACCUCCUUUUUUCGAAAUAACAUUAAUUUGGGACGAUUAAAACCACAAGUAAGAGUGUCACCGAAACAUUUGUUUCUGGAAGGUCCCUUAUCAUUCUCCUUUUCUUGCUGAUUUUUCUUAACUCUCUUGCAGAUUAAAGAUUCGCCAUGUUUGGCGGGAUCUCCAGCUGGCGACCAAGUGGAAAAGAAAGAUAAACGUUUAAAACACCACUGA